AUGAGCUGCCUGUGUUUUUAAGGCCAACUCUCGGAAGCGGAAACCCAGGGGCAAGAAGAACAAAAAUGUGAAGCCAGUAAAGGUGGACGAGGCGGUCAACAGCCUAUCCUCAGCGCCCCCCUCGGACAAGAGCUCCGAGGAAGAGGAGGACAAGGAGGAAGAAAGGGAAGUGGCGCCGGUGAAACCCCCCACCAGAAGGGGGCGGGCGGAACCCGUGGCCGUCAAGGUGGAGGAGGAGGAGGACGACUCCGAGCCUGAGCCCCUCACCCCCAAAGAGCCAGAGGAGAAGGAGAAAGAGAAGGAGAAAGAGAAGGAGAGGGAGGUGAAGAAAGAGAUCAAGAGGGAGAAGAAGGAGGACGGCCGUGACGGCAAAGACAAGAGGGAACCCAAGGAGAAGGAGGCCAAGCCCCCAGAGCCUGUGACUCGGGUCGAGGAGUCGCCUCUGGAGAAGAUGGUGGAGGUGAAGGCGGAGGUUCGUGAGAAGGGGAAGAAGGCGGACACGCCGGUCCACAUCACUGCAGGGGGCGAGACGGUGCCCAUCUCGGAGGAGUCCGAGGAGCUGGACCAGAAGACCUUUAGUGUGUGUAAGGAGCGCAUGCGGCCAGUGAAGGCAGCCCUGAAGCAGCUGGACCGGCCAGAGAAGGGCCUGUCGGAGCGGGAGCAGCUGGAGCACACCCGGCAGUGCCUCAUCAAGAUCGGAGACCACAUCACCGAGUGUCUGAAGGAGUACACCAACCCCGAGCAGAUCAAGCAGUGGAGGAAAAACCUCUGGAUAUUUGUGUCAAAGUUCACUGAAUUUGAUGCAAGAAAAUUGCACAAGUUGUAUAAGCAUGCCAUAAAGAAAAGACAGGAGAACGCUCAGGCAGCGGACCAGAACACUAGCACUGUAAAUACUCAAAGCUUUAAACACUCAGACAUCGAAAGGUUAAAGGACAACUCGCACCAGGACGACAGCAGCAGGGACAGCUACAGCUCGGAGCGCCACCUCUCGUCCUCGCGCCUCCACAGCGCCAGCGAGCCGAGCAAGGAGCCGCGGCACGCCAGCGAGCCCUACAGGAAGGGCAGCGACGCCCGCAAGAGACCCUACUCCUCCUUCAGCAACGGCAAAGACCUCCGAGACAGGGACCGAGAAAGAGACCGAGACAGGGACCGGGACCGGGACAGAGACCAGUACCGCUCGGAGCGGCAGGACGGCAGAUACUACAGCGACAGCAAGCACAGAAAGCUGGACGACCACCGGUCCAGCCGAGACCACCGGGUGGAGGGCGGCUCCAAGGACCGGUCGCACUCCGAUCACCGGUCCCACUCCGAUCACCGGUCGGACCACCGCUCGGGCUCCGACUACAGCAGCCACCACAAGUCGUCUCGCGACUACCGCUACCACUCGGACUGGCAGUCGGACCACAGGGCGUCGGGCAGUGGCCCCCGGUCCCCCCGCGACCAGCGCUCCCCCUAUGACUCGCGCUCGCCCCUGGGCCACCGCUCGCCCUUCGAGUACUCGUCCGACCACAAGAGCACGCCCGAGCAGAUCUGGAGCAGCCGCAAGACAUGAUGAGCCUCCGGCGAGAGGAGUGGAAGAAGAAGAAGAAAGAAUGAACAAACUCGCUGCAGACUCACUCAGCCAUAGACACAACUGAAACACAGGAAAUGCCUUAUGGGACUGUCCAAACGCUGGAUCAUGCUCGCACUGCGUCUCUCUGGGGUCAGUGUGGACGCCUUCUCUCUUUCUUUCUUUCUUUCUUUCUUUUCUCUCUCUCUCUCCCUCUCUCUCUCUCUCUCUCUCUCUUUCUCUCUCUGACGGGUGUCUCGGUGUUAAAGCCGAGGAGUGACGGGGUUUUGGAUGGGGGGAGGGGGGCACAGACAUAUUUUUGUAUUUAAGAGCAAUGCUGCACUGUUUCGCAAAGGCUGCGGCAUAGUUUUUCCCUUUUUUAAUUAUUAUUUUUAUAAAUGAACUUUUUUCCUUUUUUUUUUACUUGGACAAAAAUGACCUGAGUGCUACCCAUCAACCAACACUGGAUCCUGGCAUUGGCUCAUCACUCAGUCAAUGUGGUUCGUGGCUUAUUUAAAAAGUGUUCAGACACGUUUGAAAAAGUAGCGCAAAGUAUCAUCCUGUUAUCAUGCGUGUCAAGUGUGGGUUCGAAGGGUCUUUUUCUAAAGCAGUCUGAAGGACUUGGGUUCACCUUCCAAAGUACCUCGUCAACAGUGUCUCUGUGACCACCUUGCCCAUGAUUCUUCUUUGUUUUUCCUUUUGCAUCAUGCUUGAAGUAUUUAAUUCUGUUUCAAAUGUAAAAUAACCUGGAUUUUUUUUUGUGCACAUCUGAAAAAUGUCCUGUUUUCACACAAAUUGUACUACUGUAAAUUAUUGUAUAAAAGUAAAAUCAAAUGGGCUUUUCUCUCAGGCUUUUUCAGUUUGUCGUUAUUUUGACUCUACUUUUUCCCCAUCAACUCAGGCUUUUUGUCGACUGUAAGAAUUAAUGAUCAAGUUAUUGUUAUGACAGUUAAUGGUAAUUAUUCUAUUUAGAAUGUAACUCGGGAACUAGGGGGGUGGGGGGAGUCUAUUCCAUUUGUGUUAUUCCUCUGGGGGGGGGGGUCUUGUUUUUGUUUAUGUUUAUGUUUGGUUAACGUCUAGUGUUUGGUUGAUUCUGAGUUGUGGAUAUGUCAGUAAGCAGAUGGCAAACCUCACGUUUUAAAGCAUCAUGUGAUAAAGUGUAAGGGUCUAUCGUAGAUAGAGGCACUUAUAUGAUCUCAAAUAAACUAGAACAUUUUUAUGGACUUUUUUCCUUUUCCUUCCGGUUUUGUUCUUUAUUUUUUUAUACAUAAUUGUAGGCAAUAAUGUAAAAUCUUCUAUGCAGCCCAAGUGUAUUUCUGGCAGACUGCCCAAGCAAGUCAAAUGCUGUUACAGUACACACUGAUGUAUAUAGGUUUUCUCUAUAUUUCAAAUUGAAUUUACACUGAAAAAAUGCAUGGAUUUUUAAAAGAUAUUGUUUUAUAUAAUUGUUUAUAAAGUCAUUAAACUCGAAUCACUGUU